UUAAGCUGGCAAUGCUGUUUGGAACAACUAUCGUGUUGUGAAAUUAAGACUUUUUCCUCAUUUUAAAUCGAAUAAUGGUGUCCUCUCAAAACACCUGCACACUAAUCAAGACUUUCGCACCGCUUUCAGCGAGCGCAACAUUCGGUGGCAACAUGAAAUUUAGUCACGUUUAGUCCAUAGGCUAGGCUAUUGCCAGGAAUAUACGGGUAGGCUACCUAUUGUUAAUCCAGGUGGGUUGACAGGACAGUGAUAACCUGUACAUGUAGCCUACUUCUCAAAGGUCAGCUAAGGUAUGCUAAUGGAGUGGCGCGUCAUACCACACAUAAAAGCGCACGAGACCGAACGCCCUCAGUCACACCGUAUCUUCACCUGGAGCCGUUUCGAGGCGCAAACACCUCCCUUCAUUCUCCCGCCCUGGAUACCAGCGCCGAACUGGAGAAAAUGCUGUUUUGGCAUUCUCAGCCCGAGACUUAUCACUCACAAGCGAAUUAUAUUAGAGAUGCUCUUGCGCCUUUCCUGAAAAACGAAGAAGUGCGGCAGGCAUCGGAGAAUAAUGCCGCUAACAUGUCACCUUUUCAAUAUGUUCUCUGUGCGGCAACUUCUCCGGCAGUAAAGCACCAAGAAGAAACUCUCACCUAUCUCAACCAAGGUCAGUCCUACGAAAUCCGUAUGCUUAACAGAAAACUAGUGGAGUAUACAGAUUUAAGCAGCAAAUGUGUAAAGAGCGUGGUGCGCGUGGUGUUCCACGACCGGCGUCUACAGUACACGGAACACCAACACCUGGAAGGGUGGAGGUGGAACCGGCCGGGAGACAGGAUCCUUGACAUUGACAUCCCUCUCUCUGUGGGCAUCAUUGAGCCUCGUGCACACCCUCUGCAGCUCAACACCAUCGAGUUCCUCUGGGAUCCUCUCAAGAACGCCUCUGUGUUCAUCCAGGUGAACUGCAUCAGUACGGAGUUCACGGCCAGGAAGCACGGCGGGGAGAAAGGGGUGCCCUUCCGCAUCCAGGUGGACACGUUCAGCUCCAGCGAGCACGGGGAGUACACGGAGCACGUGCACUCCUCCAGCUGCCAGGUCAAGGUCUUCAAGCCUAAAGGAGCAGAUCGCAAGCUGAAGACCGACCGUGAGAAAAUUGACAAGAAGACCCUCCAGGACAAAGAGAAAUAUCAGCCAUCUUUUGAAACAACCUUGCUUACAGAUUGUUGCCCGUGGCCCGAUACUCCGAGUGUGAACAGCACCAGCAGCACUCCCUCUCCUGUCUAUCACAGCUCCCCGACCUCCUUCAGCUUCCCAGAAGGAAACUGCUCUCCAGGCCAACAGGGGGAGGUGUUCCUGCCCGGUUGCUCUGACAGCCUGCUGCCUGCGUCCUCCCCGCAGGACACCCAGCAGUGGCUGCACCGCAACCGCUUCGCCCCGUUCUGCCGCCUCUUCGCCAGCUUCUCAGGUGCAGAUUUGCUGAAGUUGAGCAGAGAUGAUUUUAUUCAGAUCUGUGGUCCAGCUGAUGGGAUUCGAUUGUUCAACGCUAUAAAAGGAAGGUGCAUCCAGCCGCGCCUCACCAUGUACCUGUCUCAGCAACAGGGACUCAAUCAGCAGACGCCCAAACCAGGAGGAGGGGAGGUGUACCACGCUCUCUUCCUGGAGGAGCUGACGGUGGUGGAGCUGAUGGAGAAGAUCGCUGCCCUGUUCAGCGUCCCCUUCAGGCAGCUGCGCCACGCCUACAAACAAGGGCCCUCGGGCAUCCACGUGCUGGUCACUGAUGAGAUGGUGCAAAAUUUCUCUCAGGAGGCCAGCUUCGUCAUCAGCACCUUUAAAGGUAACUUCAGAAAGACCCCUGACAUCUUUCUCUUUCUACCUCAGCUGGAAUCACAACCCCAGCUACAUAUCCACAGCUUUUUUUCUCUCUCUCUCUCUCUCUCUCCCUCUCUGUCUCUAGCCCUCUCCCACACGCACACACACACACACACACACACACACACACACACACAUACACAUACCCUCACACAGACAUACCCCACCAUACCCACAAACAUACACCACACACACCCACAUAAACACACUCUAUACACAAACACACACACACACACAGACGUCAUCUCUCUCUCUCUCUCUCUCUCUCUCUCUCUCUCUCUCUCUCUCUCUCGCUGAUCAGCAAGCCAUCUCCACAGCACACUCUCUCACACAUCUCCCAUUGGUCGGUCUGCCCAUAUUGACCCUUAUUUGUUCCUUCACGAUGACAGAUGAAGGUAAUGAUGGCUACCAUGUUGUUCUGAAGUGACCAGAUCGGCAGCUACUGUAGAGGAGGGAUGGCAGAUUAUUAAUCUGCCAAAAAGUGUCUAAUGAUCUGAAAACGUGCCAGCGCACUCAGAUGUAUUUAUAAAAAUUGUUAGUUUACAGAAGGGUUGUUUUUUUUGUAAAGUUAUAUGAAAGAAAGAUUUUUUUUUUUCUGUUUCAUUUUUAUAUUAAGUUAUUGAUUGAUUUGUUCCUCUUGAUGAAAUAUGUAAUUUGCUUAUUUGCUUUAUUUUUAUUCAAAUAAGCACAUGUAAUGUGUUGCGUGGUGUUGCGCAAGAAAAUGGUCUGUCUUAAAUGAAAUGAGUAUGUAUUGCUCUCUCUUAACUUUUUAUGUACAGCAUCAUAUAGCUUUUAGCUUGAAAAAAAAAAUGUUUGAAAAACGCACAAAAAACAUACAAUUGCAAGGGUGGGUCAAAAAGUGACUGCAGACUCAGAGUGCCUGCUAAUGGCUGCUAAUGUGGCUGCAGCAACACCGGUGUGGGACAACUUCACACAUUGACAUACAGUAUACAUACUGUAUAUCUAUGACUUCACAGCUGUUGCAAGUCAGCUUUUUCAAUUACUGAGGUAAAUUGUACAUACAAUACUAUAUAGUAAGACUACAGGAUAUUUUGUAUACUCAAAUUAAUGAAAAUUAUAUAUGUUUAUGUGUGUGUCUGUGUGUGUGUGUGUGUGUAUAUAUUUACACACACGCGCACACACACACGCACACACACACACACACACACACACACACACACACACACACACAUUGUACAUACAUUUCUACAUACACACACAAUGCAAACACUUUCUGAGUCACCCUACUGCCUACUGCCUACUGCCUUAAUGUUACUUUUGUUUCAGCUGUAUGAUAAACGGAUCUGUUCUGUUCAGCAUCUUAACCAUUAUUGAAUACCAGAGCUAUAGCUGCAGGACUUGUUAAUAAUCAUUUAUAGAUUAAUGCUCUGCCAAUGCUCUAACACAGAUGUGCCUUUAAUGAUUUUGACCAGUCCAAGA